UAUAUACAUACACACUCACACACUCGUAAUGCGUAAUGUGUCCAACUCUCGUUGCACCCUUUACAACGUUCAAAGCAAAAAUAAGUCCUCAUGCCUCCUCACUCGGAGGAGCCUCUCCCUCCGUACCCCAACCGCGUCCACCACCCCGAGCACUUCGACUUCGCCACCGCCCGCGAGGUCCCGGACUCUCACACAUGGGCCGAUCUCCACGACUAUCCCACCGCGGCCCCCUCCGGCUCCCCCUCGGCCCCCAACGUCAUCGACCUUACGCACCCCGACGCCGUCAACCUCAUCGCCCGCGCUUGUGAGGAGUGGGGAGCAUUCCAGCUCACCGGGCACGGCGUCCCGACCGGCCUCCUCGAUCAUCUCGAAGCGCAAACACGCCGCCUUUUCCAACUCUCGGUCGAAGUCAAGCUCAAGGCGGCGCGAAUGGCGGAUGCCGUGUCCGGCUACGGCUUGGCCCGAGUCAAUUCGUUCUUCGCGAAGUUCAUGUGGUCCGAGGGCUUUACAAUCUCCGGCUCGCCGGCCGACAAUGCCCGCAAACUCUGGCCGCACGACUACCGCCAAUUCUGUGACGUAGUCGAGGAAUAUACGAGGGUGAUGAAAGAGUUAGCCGGGAGGUUGUUGCAUGCAAUGCUGCUCUCACUGGGCCUGAAGGAAGAGGACAUCGACUGGGCCGGGCCAAUACGAGAUCUCCGCGACUUGUCGACCGUGCUCCACCUCAACUCCUACCCGCCGUGCCCCGAGCCGGACCGGGCCAUCGGCCUCGCGGCGCACACCGACUCGAGCUUUUUCACCAUCCUUUACCAAGGCGGCGUUAACGGGCUCCAAGUCCUGGGCCGGGCCUCCGACGACCCCAGUGGCCCGGCCCAAUGGGUCACCGUGCCGCCGGUCCCCGGUGCCUUCGUCGUCAAUGUCGGCGACCUAAUGCACAUCCUCUCCAACGGCCGGUUCCGGAGCGUCCGGCACCGCGCGGUGGUGAACCGCACGCACCACCGCGUCUCCGCCGCAUUCUUCUGCGGCCCGCCAGCCCACGUCAAGGUAUCACCGGUCACCAAGCUCGCGGGAAACGGCGUGGGCCGGGGCUUGUAUCGGGCUGUGACGUGGGCCGAGUAUCUCAGCCUCAAGGGAAAACUCUUCAACAGGGCGCUUGAAUCAAUAAAAGUGUCGGAGGAGGAUGGAAACAACACGUCUGUGGUAUGUAAGGUUGUGUGAUCUAAAAGAGGUAAGUAGAAAAGGGUAUUGUUAUUAGUGUUUGAUGCAGAACUUAGAACUUGGGAGGGAGAAGGGAAAUGACAAUUGAGGUGAACGCAGUGUCUUUACAUGCAAAACAAAACAUCACAUUCGCUGGCAUAUAUUUAUGUAUAGUCUCUGUUCCUGUUGGUUUUCGAGGUGCAUGAUAUGAUAUAUUAUGAUUUACUUGAGUA